GCUGUUAAGAGAGGAGAGGAUGGCUCAAGCGCGAGGGCUGGGGACGAAGAAGAAGAAGAUCCGUCAGUGGCAGCGCUGCCGGUGAUCUUGGCGGCGCUGAUCGGUGCGUGGCAGGAGCGCGUGGCGGAAUUGCUGGGGUUAGGGGGAGGAGGCGGCGGCGAUGGCGCGGGUGAGCGCGCGAGACAGGAACAUUUUCGGCCUCGUCGAUGGCCGCAGCAUCGAUUCGCAAGAGGUGCCGUAUCCAUACCAGGAGCACAAUCCAAUGCGAGCGCUCCAAAUGCAUCCAGCUCUUUUAGCUCGCUUGCAACGCGAAAAGGCCCUCGAGGGUCACAAUGGAUGUGUGAAUUCUUUGGCGUGGAACACGACUGGUUCCUUGUUACUCUCGGGCUCUGAUGACACAAGGGUGAAUGUUUGGGACUAUAACACACGGAAGCUCCUACAAAGUGUUGAUUCCGGUCACAUCGCCAACAUUUUUUGCACAAAGUUCUUACCGGCUAGCGGGGACGACAUUGUUGUGUCUGGAGCCGGUGAUUCGGAGGUGAGGAUACACAGACGGAGUCGUGUGGCUGCUACUGGAAGCAGUGAGCCAUUUGGACUCUUCCGUUGUCAUUCCAAGCGCGUGAAGAAACUGGCUGUUGAAGAAGGAAAUCCACACUUAAUCUGGAGUGCCAGUGAAGAUGGUACUCUUAGGCAACACGACUUACGCCAGUCCGUGACGUGCGGAGCGGAGCAGGAAUGCCGUAAUAUUCUCCUCGAUUUAAGAAAUGGAGCGAAAAAAACCCUGUCUGAUCCUCCCAAAGGAUCUUUUGCUCUGAAGUCAUGCUCUAUAAAUCCGACCCGUCCGCAUCAAAUUCUCAUUGGUGGCAGCGAUUCAUUUGCCCGUCUGUACGAUAGAAGGAUGCUUCCGCCACUGACUCCAUCUGGCCAGCAAUCUAAACCACCAGCAUGCGUUUGCUAUUACUGUCCAAUGCAUCUUUCUGAUCGUGCCAGUUUGCACCUUACACAUGUUACGUUCAGCCCUGAUGGCGGCGAGGUACUUUUGAGCUACAGCGGAGAACACGUCUACUUGUUAGAUGCGUACAAUGGGAAUGAUGCUAGCGUUGUCUAUGCUGCCGGUGAUGUUCCGAGAAGGACUGCCUUAGUCCCUAUCGUGAAUGGUCAACAGUAUAAAGUACCCUCAACACAAGAAGUGCCUUCAGGCAAUAAAAGAGUUCUUCUUCGGGAAUGCAAGGAGCUCUUGGAAGAGGCACGGAGAGCCUUAGAAGAAGGAAAUUCAUUCUGUGCGAUUGAAACGACAAGUGAAGUUCUUGAAACUACUGGAGUUGUCCUAGAACCACAGCUUCGGCAUGAUUUGCUGUGCCUUCGCGCCGGAGCUUUUGUGAAGAGAGGAUGGAAAAACGACAUGCAUAUGGCUGUUCGCGAUAGCAAUGCAGCUCGACUUAUUGAUCCCAUGUCAGUAGUGGCUCAUCACAGAAUGGCCGAGGCACUUUCUCAGUUAGGGAGACAUAAGGAAGCGUGGGAGUUCGCAACGAGAGCUCACCAUCUCGAUCCUGAAGAUGGUACUCUUUCCGAUCAUGUGACGCAGCUGCAUGCGAAGCUUGUUGCUGGUAAGACACUUUUAAAUGCUCGGUUCUCAUGGUUUCGAUUCAUUUAUUUUAUUUUAGCCGAGCAAGCUCGGAACGUCUGGAAUAACGAAGAAACAAAACCGGAGAGACGCCCUUCAAGGAUUCAAUCCUUGAGAGAAUUUUUAUUUAGACAGGAACAAGAUCACAGUGAUUCUUCAGACGAAAGCAGGAGAGCAGAAAGAUAUGACUCUGAUCUUGAAGAAGAGGACAUGGAGAUGGAGAUCGAGAUGUCCGUCACUGAGGACAAUGAUCGAGACCGAGAAAGCGGAGCCCCUAGUAGUUUGAACUUAAGAGUUCGAAGAAAAUGUGAUGGUGUUCGAGAGAAGCAGGCAAAUACGGUGGCUUUAGGAGCACCAGAACUACAAACGGACAUUGCUAUGGACAUGCGGCAGCGAUACGUGGGGCAUUGCAACACCGGAACAGACAUCAAGCAGGCGAGCUUUCUCGGAGAAAGAGGGAAAUUCGUUGCGAGCGGUAGUGACGAUGGCCUGUGGUUUAUCUGGGAGAAAGAAACUGGAAGAUUUGUAACGAUGCUAGCCGGAGACGAUAGCGUUGUAAAUUGUAUACAGUGCCAUCCUCAUGAUUGCUUGGUGGCAACGAGCGGCAUUGACAACACUAUUAAGCUCUGGUCACCCAGUUCUAAUACUGAAGCUCGGCGUGCCAAAGGAGCCGACUCUGACGCUCUUCGCAUCAUGGCCGACAACCAACAACAGAUGCGCCGCCAUCGUGAGAUUGGAUUCUUGCUGAUUACUCAAUGGUGGAGUGCCAGGCGGUUCGAAUUUAUGCCAGAGAAUGGACACCUCGGUGGUGCUGAAACCGGAUCUAAUCCCCCGACUGAGUGCUGGGAUUCAUUCCAUCCUUGCCUCUCUUUUUUUCUUGUUCUUGUGCUCUGGUUAUGGUGGUCUUUCUCGUCGUUUUGGUUUCUUCCUUUCUUUUUCUUUCAUCGAUGUCCUUACGUUCUUUCAUUGUGUACUAACUCGUGCUUGUGUGUUGUGUAUUUGUCUUCUUUUGGAACAGGCCAAUAGAACUUCUCCAGCGGAUUAGAGGAGUAGAAGCCGCUGUUCAUCCGUUCGAGUGUACACAAAGCUAGUGACAAGAAAGAGCUAGAGGUUUGUUCGAUUGAUCUUUCUUCUUACCUUGGUUUUCUCUCCUCCAAGUUUUCUAGUUCUUUCUCAGCACAGUGCUUGCAGCUAGGCAAAAAACGAGAUUUGUAAAUAAACGGGCAAGUUAAAAUGGCGCGAGUUUUUUCUUCC